AUGGCCCAGUCUGCCCGCUGCUCCGUCUGGGCCCACUGCCUCCACAGCCUGUAUAGCUGCCACUGGAGGAAAUGUCCCCAGGAGAAGAUGCAAAUCAGCAAGUGCGACUGUUUCUGGUUUGGCCUGCUCUUCCUCGCCUUCCUCCUCUCCCUGGGUUGGCUGUACAUCGGGCUCGUCCUUCUCAAUGACCUGCACAAUUUCAAUGAAUUCCUAUUCCAGCAGUGGGGACUCUGGAUGGACUGGUCCCUGGUAUUCCUGCUGGUCAUCUCUCUGCUGGUCACAUAUGCAUCCCUGCUAUUGCUCCUGGCCCUGCUCCUGCGACUCUGUGGCCAACCUCUGCACCUGCACUUUGUGCACAAGGUGCUACUGCUCCUUGUUAUACUUCUUGUGGCCAUUGGCCUGGUGGGACUGCAGAAACAGUGGCAGGAGGAGUGGCAAAGCCUACGUUUGUCACUGCAGGCCACAGCCCCGUUCCUUCACCUUGGAGCAGUUGCUGGCAUCACCUUCCUGGCCUGGCCCGUGGCUAAUACCUUCUACCGUAUCCACCAAAGAGGUCCCAAGAUUUUGCUACUGCUCCUGUUUUUUGGAGUUUCCCUGGCCAUUUACCUGGUCCCCUUAUGCAUAUCCUCACCCUGUGUCGUGGAAACCAGAGACUUGCCCCAGAAGCCUAGCCUGGCAGGACACCGAGGGGCCCCCAUGCUGGCCCCCGAGAACACCUUGAUGUCCCUACGGAAGACAGCAGAAUGUGGAGCUACUGUGUUUGAGACUGACGUGAUGGUCAGCUCUGACGGAGUCCCAUUCCUCAUGCACGACGAAAACCUGAGAAGAACCACAAAUGUGGCCUCUGUGUUCCCAGACCGAAUCACUGCCCACAGCAGUAACUUCUCCUGGAAUGAACUAAAGAGACUCAAUGCCGGGGCCUGGUUCCUAGAGAGGCGAACUUUCUGGGAUGCCAAGCAGCUGUCAGGCCCUGAUCGGAAAGAGGCAGAGAAGCAGACAAUACCCACACUGGAAGAGCUGCUGAAGGAAGCUGCAAGCCUCAACCUUUCUGUCAUAUUUGACUUGCGCCCUCCCCCAGAAAACCACACAUACUCUAACUCUUUUGUGAACCAGACACUGGAGAGUGUGCUGAAUUCAAGUGUGCCCCAAGCCAUGGUCUUCUGGUUACCAGAUGAAGAUCGAGUUAAUAUCCAACGGCGGGCACCUGGAAUGCGCCAGAUAUAUGGACACCAAAAAGGCAACAGAACUGAGAAGCCCCAGUAUCUCAACCUCCCCUACCAAAACCUGACACAGUUGGACAUCAAAGCACUGCACGAGGAUAACACUUCAGUGAACCUAUAUGUAGUGAACAAGUCCUGGCUCUUCUCCCUCCUCUGGUGUGCAGGGGUGGAUUCAGUCACCACCAACGACUGCCAGCUGCUGCAGCAGAUGGAGCGCCCUAUCUGGCUUAUGUCUCCUCAAACCUACCUAAUAACAUGGGUCAUCACCAAUUGUGUCUCUGCCUUGCUGCUCUUGGGGACCUUCCUUCUCCAAGGGAGAUGUGCCAAGGAAGAAAAAAGAACUGGUGUAGAAACAGCAGUGCUGCUGACCAGGAUCAACAAUUUCAUAUAGGAGUGAACAUCCUGUCCUGGUCCCCACCAGCAGACCGCAAGGAAGGGAGAGUGGACUCUUGAGGUGGACUGUUGAUGGGGUCGGGGCAGGGUGAACAUUACCAGCAAGAGGUCUUGGGAUGUGCGAGUCCUCUGCCUAGUAGGUGAGCAUGGCCUAAGCUUCCAUAGAAUUUGCUUGCCUUGAGGUUUUGAUCCGAGAUGGUAAUUGGGAGGACGGUGACUCAUUAGAAGUUUCACUUGGGGAGGAAGUGAAACGGAGAUUACCGAGAUAAUGUUUCAGAGCGAUGUGCAAUGUAUUCACGUGUCAAAGGCUCAGGUUGUCAGGUAUGGAACAGGCUGGAACAGUGACAGAAAGAGAUAACAAGAACGGCCAUUUCAGACGUCAGUGAUGCAGACGCCAACCCCACUCCAUUUGCUGUCUCCCCUAACCCCUACAAUUUAGCAGCGCUCCUGAGCAGAGGUUGCGGCCUACGAAGACCAUCUCUCCAUGUACUUCUGUGCCAACAGCAAGCUUUUUUUUCUGUGCAUGGCAUUUUCAAGACAGGUUGGUUCCUGCCUCUUGUCUGUUAAUCUGUUAUUCAA